AGCCUCUUUCCCCUUUUCUUCCUUUCAUAUCUUCUCGUUUAUGCAUGAUUGUACUAUAUACUUCAUUUGGGUUCUUCUGUUAAUCUAUCUUCUUUUGAUUAUCUCUAUUCUUUGUUCCUCUCAUAACCUUGUUAAUUGUAAUAAAUUAUAUGUUCAGUUUGAUGAAAAAUGUUUAAAGAGGUAAUCUAUGUGCAUAAAAUGACAUAUGAGGAAACUUUAUAAGGAUUUCAUAUAAUAAAGGUACAUAAAUCUUUUAUAUGUUUUUUUACGUUUGUCAUUACAUUUCUUCUCUUCUGUCUAGAAACUCUUUCGUCGUUCUGUUUCUUAUCGAGUCUUAUUCAUGGUAUAUCAAAGGUUGUUUCUUUCUGCUUGGCUUUUCUAUUGCUUCUUAACCUCUUUGGCUCUUCCUUCUCUCCUCUUACAAUGAUAUUAAGACAAAUUUGCCUUAGAUACGUUCCACACAAUUAAUUUUCUUGGAGUUAUGGUUUGGUAAUUUGGUGGUGAAGAAACAAUAGAAAAAAGAGAGAUCAUGAGUUUGAAUCUCUCUCCAUUGACAAAAAAAAUUAACUACCAUUAACUGAUAAAAAAUACAAUUAAUUAAUUUUCUUUUGUUGCUGGCUACACAAAAUAUUUUGCUUUUGUCAGAAGAUUUUCUUGCUGAGGGCAAGUCCUGACACAAAAAUAAAAUUGUGUGUUAGUGAUCGAAUGGUUAUGAACCUGAAUCUAAAAUGAGCAUCUUCGUAUUUUCAUAUAUGCAAGGAAAAGGCUACGUAAAAUUAUAUACCUUCUUUCAUACCUUCGCAGAGCCAAAAGUUGUGAUGGGUAAGUUAGUUUUUGAAAGAUUGUGUUGCUGAUAAUCAUUUGUUCAUCUGUGUGGCAGGCAAGCUAGUGGAGCAGAAAAAGAUUGAGUGAAAACUUGGAAUUCAGUGAAAUGGCUAUGGCAGUUCGUAAUACAACAAAUCCAGAAGAAUUACAGAUAGUCAUCCAUAAAGUUGAUUCAGUUCAAUUCAGAAGUCCUUCAUGUGAUCUAGUACAAAAUACAAGGGAUUACGUGAACAAAUGUGCUCCCAUUUACAACCUUGCAAUUAAAGGGGACUGGAAAGAAGCUAAAACCAUGUUAGCCAAAGAUAGAAGGUUGGCUACUGCUGCUAUUUCACAGGGAUGGGCCACACUACUUCAUGUGGCUGCAGAAGCUAAUCACUUGCACUUUGUAGAAGAGCUGGUAAAACUUUUAAGCGAAAAAGACUUAGAAAUACAAGACCUGAAAGGCAACACUGCUUUCUGCUUUGCUGCUGCAGUUGGAAAUGUUAAAAUUGCUGAAGCAAUGGCAAGAAAAAAUAGGAGUUUGCCAACUAUCAGGGGUGGGGAAGGACUCACCCCACUUCACUUGGCUGCUUUACAGGGAAAAGGUGAGAUGGCAUGGUAUCUCUACCAUGAUACUGUUCACAACCUCAACCACAUGUUUGGUGAUGCAGAUUGGAGUUUAUUGUUCUUCCUUUGUAUCAACACCGGCAUUUAUGAUUUAGCUUUAAAGAUGUUACAAGAGAAUCCAAGAUUAGCCGUGGCUCAGAAUGAGAACAAGGAAACGGGAUUGCAUGUUUUGGCCCGCAAACCUUCGGCCUUUAGUUGUCAAGGUCGAAGGUAUCCAAAUCAGCUCAUCAACUCACGUAAGAAUCCAACUUUGGCUCUCCAACUUGUCAGGUGUUUCUGGAAAAAUCUUCUUUCUCUUGAUUGCACAGAGAUACAAAUGAGAAUAGUCAUAAGCCAGCUGUCUCAAGUAAUAUUCAUAGCCGCAGAAGUUGGAAAUUUUGAGAUUAUAGCCGAGCUGGUUAGAUCUUACCCUGAUCUAAGUUGGGAAGUUGACGCCAAAAAUCGAAGCAUCAUUCACAUUGCUGUUUUACACCGCCAUGCAGCCAUAUUUAAUCUAAUACAUGAAAUAAGAACUAUUAAGAAUUUUGUAGUAGCAUAUGAAGAUGCUGAUCAAAACAAUUUACUGCAUUGUGCUGCAAAAUUAGCACCACCGAGCCAACUUAACUUGGUCUCCGGAGCAGCUUUUCAGAUGAUGCGAGAGUUACGGUGGUUUGAGGUGGUCAAAAAGGUCAUGCCACCUUGUUUCAUAGAGAAGAGAAACUCCAAUGGGAAAACACCUCGUGAACUGUUCACUGAAGAGCAUACAGAGUUACUGACUAAAGCCGAGUGUUGGAUGAAGGGCAUGGCAAAAUCAUGUAUGAUUGUUUCAACGCUCAUUGCUACAGAAGUGUUCACUGCAGCAUUCAGCAUUCCACGCGGUGAUGGCGGUGAUGACAACAACAAUGGCAACCUCAACUGCAAUUCUAUCUUCAUAAUAUUUGCAAUAUCAGAUGCAACUGCACUGAUAUCAUCUUCAGUUUCUAUUCUGAUUUUCUUGUCUAUGCUUGUCAUAUCACGUUAUGCAGAAGAUGACUUCUUCAAGUCACUUCCAAUGAAGCUAAUAUGUGGAUUGGUAACACUGUUUAUCUCCAUAGCAAGCAUGAUGGUGGCAUUUAGCAGUGCUUUCUUCAUAACAUAUUACCAUGGCUUAAAAUGGGUGCCAAUUUUGAUCUCAGUACUUGCACUUGCACCAAUCACCUUAUUCACAUUUCUUCUGUUUCCAUUAUGGUCAGACAUUGUCUGCUCAGCCUAUUUUUGUAGGUCUGUAUUUCGGCCAAGUAAACAUGUUCUUUACUAGGAAAACUGAGGCCGUGUAAACAAUGAUUCUACUGUAUGUUAGAUAAGUAGUAAUCCCUACGUCAUUAAUUGUAAUUCUCAGGAAUUCUAAGGAAUGAAGAAAUUACUCAA